CGUACACUCCGAUUUCGACAACUGCCUCUACUAGCUAGAGAGACUCUUCCGCUGUACUUUAUACAAACGACGGAUAUGGAGGCUGUUAAGAGAAAAUCCUGCAAUGGGAAGCGAGAAAUGAACAAGAACAAACGUGCUCGAUUAGGUGGGUAUGAAUUUAAUGAUGACGGAGAUAGCAAUACCAAAGUCGAAGCCCUACUCGCACCGACACCGGGUGCGGUAGUGAAAAAAAGUGAGCUUAGGAGUUCGAGUUCGGGGGCGAAAAUCUUAUUUGGGUUUCUAGGUUUAGAAUCGACAUUGGGAGGAGUCAAGAAAUAUGCACGAUAUUGGAGCUUAUUAGAAUGCGUCGAAUCAGACUGCGGGUGCAGUCAGUACUCUAGUGUAUAUAGUGCCCAACCCGCGAAUCAACAGAGCGGAGUCGCUGUCAAAGUUCCAGAUCAUCCGGUGAGUAGUUCAGCUUGCAGAAGAUGUGCACAUGGACCGGCAUCUCAUACUCUAAAAUAUAUGAUAGCCGAUGCUGCCCACUCUGGGAAAACAAGCACGUCAUCGGGAUCGCGUACUCGACAGUUUCGACUACUGUGCGAGCUGUUUGUGGUGGUUCGCAAUGCAAGGUCAUUCGGGAAUGUUGGAGCUGAUGUCAAGGGUUUCGGGUGGGGAUCCGGUUGGGUCCUGAGAAGGUCAGCAUCGGCGCAUACGACUACGAAGAAGUGCUUGUCCCGGGCAUUGGAGCUGUGUCGUUUAUUACAAAAUGAAAAGGAUUUGCAUUCUGCGCAAACCGUUAUACGCCAUCUGCAGCGCGCGAAGAACAUAGUACAAAACCCUGAUCAAGCCGUGCCUCUACCAUCAAAGGUGAAAGGAGGGUUUGGAAGUGUCGACUUUACAGCACAAGCACGGGGAGUCUACGUAGCUGCUGAACUAGACAAUGUUUAUUGGCAUAUCUUAUACUCAGCACAAACUAAUUUUCAUCUUCUCCAAGGGCGCUCUAGGCUUCCAGCUGUAAUUCCCCCACCUGAAGUAUAUUUCACAUGUUUGACACACACUCCGCCGACGAAGGAGAUGAUGGAAACUAUAUCUAUCACUCCCUCUAUCAGAAAAACUCUGUUUGACACAAUGGAUAUGAAGUUUGAUGCCGUAACUGGAGAACCAGCGUAUUGCAACACGAGUAAUCCUCUGUUGGCGGCACUGCAGGGAACGUGGAUAGAGAUGGAAAUCUGUGCGCAGUCGAGGUCCUGGGUUGGCAAUUUUCCUUUACAAGACAGUCCAAAUGCCGAGAAAACAAUGAGAGGUCCUGAUCCUUUGUUGCCUCAGCCUAUAUCUCUGCGCUGUGAUUCUGUGCGAGACUGGAGCGCAAGGUUGAUGGCCUUCGCAGUACCAAACACACGCGCAUAUGAUGUCCUAUCCAAAUUUGGCACCAUCGUUGAGGUGGGAGCUGGCGUGGGUUACUGGAAGCAUUACUUUGACACGAGCAUGGCUAGUACUCAGAACGAUGGUACACGGACGGAAUAUCUGGCAUUUGACAAAGAUCCACCGUCAUCUGCGGUAGAUAGCCAAACGAGAUCAAAAGUUCCGGCUGCAGCUAAGUCCACAAUGAAUGAAUACCAUGGGCACAGUGGUGCAUGGGCAACGGUUCAAGUUGGUGGCCCGGAAAGUAUCUCCCUGUCAUCUCAAACAAAGGCAGUGGACACAGGUGCGCAAAGUAAGAAUAUCGCUGUUUUGUCUUGCUAUCCACCACCGUAUGGAAAUCUUGCACUGAACUGUCUUAAACUAGCCGAUAAACUAGGUGCAUCAUUUGUAUAUGUGGGCGAAAUCAAUGGAGAUACAGGUACUCUACAAUUUCAGCAAACGUUAGCUAAAAGCUGGACGCUUUCACAGACUGUUGCUCUACCCUGUUUCAGCAACACUGCCUUCAGUCUGAGAGUUUUUGUUAGGCGACAUGAUCAAGCUGAUAUGAGUAGCCUUCCAAAUGCUUUACUCAAAUGCUCUACGGAAGGCUGCAGGAAGAGCGCAGUGCGUCAGUGCAGAUUGACUCGCGAGAGAUGUUAUUGCAGCAUACAAUGCUAUGAACACGCUAUAUUAGACGGUAGCCAUGAGGCUGCACUAGUCUUGCGACAUCAAAAAUCACCCGGCUCCAGUAUAGACAUCAUGUCGGAUAAGGAAUUCCGAAGCCUUCUCGAGUGGCCAAAAGUAUACCCCGGUAGCAGCGUGACCGGCAAUGGCCCAACGGGGAAAGGUAGGAGCAAGCACAAGAAACGCCGAAAGAAGUAGGCCAUGUUGGGAUAUUAGAAUAGUACAGUGAAUGAGAUAUGUUUUGGCAAGUGCAGGGGGGUAACGCAAAUAGGACUACACC